CUCAACUGGUGCAAUGUUUACGUCAGCUGUUUUGCUCGGAAGGACGUUUUUGUUUUCACUUUCAUUUAACACAAUUGCUGCCAAAUAUUUUUGCAUAAUUAACCAAAGUUGCGUUAAGAUUUGAAGCAUAGGCACCAGAGGACCCGAAAAUGGUUUUUAAGUGCCAGGAGGACAGCUUUUUAAGACAGUUCGCAUCGAAGGUAGUGUCCUGUGAUCCGGCGACUUUGGAAUGGACGCCGCCUGGUGAAACUAGUGUAAAACAGCUGAAGGGCUUCAAUGUCAUUUGUGAAGAUACUAUUCUCUUCCCUGAGGGCGGUGGUCAACCUUGCGAUUAUGGACAACUUGACGGUCAACCAGUUCGUUCAGUAAUUCGAAAAGGUACUGAAGCCGUCCAUUUUGUAGAAAGCUCGACAGGAUAUGAAGAAGGUAGCAUUGUAAAACAGUCAGUUGAUUGGAGCCGUCGUUUGGACCAUAUGCAACAACAUUCGGGCCAGCACCUAAUAACGGCUUUAUUUGACCGCGAAUUUAAAUAUGACACUGUAUCCUGGUGGUUGGGAUCGGAUGCUUCCUACAUCGAGUUAGAUACAACCCAUUUGAUUAGUCGUGAAUCACUGGAUACAAUUGAACGUAAAGCCAACGAGCUUAUACGUGAUGGUCGAAAAGUCACUGUAGAGUUAGUUGAUCCCGAAUUUGCGGUGCAGUUUCAAGAUGCUCGUGCUCCGCGAGGUUUACCCAAAGACCAUACUGGAUUGGCGCGUGUUGUACGCAUUGAAGAUAUUGAGAGUAACAUGUGCUGUGGUACACAUGUGAGCAACUUAUCGCAGCUGCAGUGCGUAAAACUGUUGUAUGCCGAAAAAGUGAAAAACUCUGUGUAUGUACACUUUGUUGUGGGAGAGAGAGUGCUGCGAAAACUUCACGAGGCAUUUCACCGUGAACAACAAAUCAAUCUAGCACUAAAAGGAGGUCCGGCACAACAUUUGGAUUUGAUACAGAAAUUGCAGGCGAAUUUGAAAUCAUCAGCAAAAGCAUUUCAAAAGCUCUUAAAAGAUGUUGCCAUUUCCGAAGCAGAGAAACUGGAGAAUACACCUCAACCAUACCCCAAAUAUUAUUGUCUACAUCGUAAAGAUGGCAUUGAACCGGAUUUUAUAAAUACGUUCUUACGAAAUGCACCCGAGAAUAUUUUCUACUUUCUCACCGUAUCGGAAAAUUCAACGAACAAUGGUAAAGGUCUCAUGGUGCUAAGAGGAGAAGAGAAAGAAGUGCAGAAGUUUGGUGCAAUUUUUUUGGAACUAUUGCAAGGCAAAGGGAAUGGCCGCGAAACAAAUUUUCAGGGAAAAUUUACCAAUGGAAGUAAGAUUCCUGAAUGCAACGCUUUACUAGAAAAACAUUUUAAUGGCAAUAAAAAAUAAGGUAAAACAACGCUUUAGUAAGA